CCACUAAAUACUCCAUUUUAUUUCAAAUCAUACUAAAUUUAUCAAUAAGAUUAAAUAUUAGCGAAACAUGGACGAAAACUCAAAAAUUAUUAAUGAGGAAGUCAUCAACAAGGAAACUCAAAAUAAACAUGUCAGAGUUGACGAGACAAAUACUCACCAGCAGAUCGACCGAAACCAGUGGCGAUCAGAUAACAAUAAUAAUAAUAAUAUUAAUAACAAUGAAUCAGAGAAACUGAAGUCGUUUUUAAAACAAAUGUUAGGCUUAGAUCCAAAUGUAGCAACAACACGUCCUGUACUCACUGAAGAACAACAAAUGCGAUUAUCUUCUGUCACUUUAGAAAUGUUAAUGGAACGUGAAGAAAUUGAUAUACACCCGUAUGGAAGAGGUGGAAUUUAUGAAGGCAUAUUAUACAAAAGUAGAGCAGAAGAACAAAUGGAUUUUACAGCUGCAUUUGUUUGGUUCAUUUUUGUCAGUUCAGUUAUUAUGAUGUCUGGAUCAAUUGUUUUUGUAUCAGAACUUUAUCAUUUUCUACAAUCUGAAACUACGAACGAUGAUCGGCAAGCGUCUUGUGACUUCUUUAAAAACUGUGGUAAAUCAAAAUCAUUUCAGUGAAUAAAGGUCAUUUCAAAUGAACCGUGUUUUUCAACACUAUGAAGGAAGUGUAACUUUCUUUUUACUUUGCAACAAAGCAUCUAUCAAAUAAUG